AUGGCUCGGGGGAGGGAGCCACCAAAAAAGAAGGUUCCCUCUCUUGUGAAUCAACCACUGACACGGAGCGAUGAAAGGGAAAGCAGCGCUGGUGGCAAACAGGGUGAGUUCCUGAUUGAAAUGGAGACUGAGAAACCUGUGGAAGGCACAACAAAGAAGAAGGAAGAAGACCCAAAGAUUCAGCACCCUACACCAAAGAAACUAUGGGUGGAUGUAAUUAGUGGAAACAUGUUACCAACUAACGGAAUGGCUAUAGGGUUUGUAGCUCCGAACGUUGUAGAAGGCAAAGACCUGAGUAUGAAUGCCGUCAAACAAUUUAUGAGUCGAAGCUGGAAUCACGUGAAACAACCUGACAUCUAUUACCAUGACACAGGCUAUUUUCUGUUGAGAUUCCACUCCUAUGAUGAUAGAGACACCAUACUGGCGAGUGGACCAUAUUCAAUUUACAAUUCCCCUAUGGUGCUCAAAGAAUGGGUCGCAUAUUUUGAUAUUAAGAGAGACAUGAUGAGAACACUACCAAUUUGGGUUAAGCUACCAAAUUUGCCACUCUCGCUUUGGGGUCCAAAAAGCUUAAGCAAAAUUGGGAGUGCCCUUGGUACCCCUCUAUUCACUGACGAAUGCAGAACUAGCAAACUGCGGGUCUCGUAUGCACGUAUUCUAGUUGAAAUGGAUAUCACGCAGAAGCCAAAGGAGAGCAUAAUCAUUAAGGAUAAUGAGAGGAAACAUAUCAACCAGGCAGUGGAACUUGAAUGGAAACCGAAAUACUGUGACGAAUGUCAACAAAUAGGCCACCAAUGUACACGGAAAUAG